UUGCUAUUGACAAUGUUUUACUUAUUGCCGCUACUACUUGCUGCCUGUCUGCCAACUGCCUUUGCAGAUGCUGAUCCUAAUACUGCAUAUUGCACAAAAGUAAUUGGCAAUGUAAAGUACACACAAAAGGGACAGAAGAAUUAUUUUAUUGGAAAAUCUCAGACUAACUGGUUUGAAGCUGUGCACACAUGUCGUCAAUUGGGCGGAAACUUGGCCGUCAUCGAAUCAGAUGUAGAGCUAAAGUUUAUACAAGAAUAUUUGAUUGAAAAUAGAUACGAUGCCAAUCAUCAGUUCUGGAUAUCUGGCAAUGAUCUUGUUAAGGAUGGAACAUUUUACUCCAUCAAUGACGGAUUUCCCUUGCGCUUUUUAGCCUGGUCAAAGAAUCAGCCCGACAACCUUGGCAUAGAGAAAUGCAUACAUUUGUUUAUGGAUGGCGCGGAGUAUAAAAUGAAUAACGAAAAGUGUGAUAAUCAUGCUUUCUAUUUAUGCGAGAAACGUGGUAGUGAGUGCUGUAUUGAGAAUUGAAAUCAAUUGUCAAAUAAAUCAACUAAAUAAAUGUUGAACUGUGUAUGC